UUAGAGUAUGCGCACGCGUAAAAUGACGUCAUAAAUUCGUCUGUGGGAUUUUCCAAUAUUAUGUCAACAUGGAUUUUGAGGAAAAUAUAACAUAAAUACAAAACGUAUACAUUGUAUUUGUACAAUGUUUAAUCUCCAGCCAAUCCAGGCUUCAGGAGCAGGUUCAGUGUCAACCACUGGGUCAAGCGAUGAUGAGACAUCCAAGCUAAAGAAAAUGAAGCCCCAUGUACCUGGCAUUGUUAUAUUUGCCGAUCACAAUCGUCCUCUGCCAUGGUCUGUAACAUAUCACGCAGUGACUUUGUUUGCAGAUGUUUCAGGUUUCACCGCCUUGUGUGAAAAGUACAGUACUAUGGGGCAGUCUGGGGUGGAUCAGCUUACCAGAACACUGAACGAAUAUCUUAGCGUUCUUGUAGAAGGUAUCUUAGGUUCAGACGGAGACAUUCUCAAGUUUGCAGGUGAUGCUAUUCUCGCUAUAUGGAGGGUCGGUAGAGUCGAAGAGCUUCAAUCUGAAGUAGAAAAGGUAGUGAAGUGUUGUCUUACUAUGCAGGAUAUGUGUGGCGAGUGGGACACGGAUAUUGGUGUAAAGCUUACUGUCAAGAUAGGCGUUGCUGCUGGUGAAAUGGCUGUCACAUUUCUCGGAAAUCGUGAGUACAGACACUACGUUGAGCUGGGACCAGCCAUUUCUGCUGUAAACACUGCUGAACAUUUCUGUCAGUCUGGAAUGAUUGUUAUAUCUCCAGACACCUGGAAACACUGUGAUCAGGCAUUGUUUAAACUAGAGCCAAUGGAAGAUUUGAAACAUAUGCGGGUAAUUGGAAUUAAGCCAGCAAAACGGUCAAGAAGUUACAGUUUGCCAACACCGCAGCUACAUCCACAACUGCAACUGCAACUGCAAGAACGACGACAAUCUGAUGAGUUAACUGUUGACGAUAUGAAAACGUUUAGAAAGGGUCACUUGACAAGAAUGCUUUUACCUGCGAUUGAAUCAACAAUUCCAACAUCCGAAGGAAAGGAUACAGUUCCAUUGAUAGAGCUGACGGGGGUAGAAGAAAAUGAUCGUGAUGAAUCAAGUGACACUUCAAAACCACAGAAAAAUAUGAAAAAUGUAGUUCGAAAUAAAAUAAAUGUUGGAGCAAAAUUUGGAAAAUUAAAGAAACUUGUUACAACUGUAACAGAGAUGAAGCUGGAUAUAGCGUUAAGGUUAUACAUUCUAAAUCCUGUUCUUAAAAAGAUCGAUGACAAUCAACCUCUGGAAUACUUAUCUGAGAUGAGACAAGUUUCAAUUUUAUUCAUGAAUCUUGUGCUAGAUGAAACAGUGCAGAAAGAUACAGAAGCGAACGAACAGUUGUUACAGAAGAUAUUUGAACUUGUGUAUUUGAAGACAAAAGCGAUGCAUGGUGCAUUGAACAAAGUAUUUCUGUUUGACAAGGGGUGUACAUUCCUAGUGAUAUUUGGACUACCCGGGUACAAACAUGAAAAUGACUGCGCACAUGCUCUCGUCUGUUCUGGAAGAAUGAAAUGCCAGCUUGAUAAUACGGAAGGAGUCGAGAGAGUUUCAAUAGGCGUGACAACAGGAACGACCUUUUGUGGGGUAGUUGGACAUAACCAAAGGCACGAAUACUCCGUGAUUGGAAGAAAAGUUAAUAUGGCUGCAAGAUUGAUGAUGCAUUAUCCUGACAAAAUUACUUGUGACACUGAUACGUAUCAGUCCUGUCGAUUGCCGCCGUCAUUUUUUGAAGUUUUAAUGACAAAGCGAAUGAAAGGUCUGAGGAAUAUUGGAGUUAUAAGACAGUUUGUCGGCUAUUCGAAGGAUGAGAAAAUGGUGGCGAAGAGUAUAAUGCAUACAGACUAUCCUAUUUUGGGUAGGCAAAUGGAGGACUUCAUAUUCCGUGAACAACUGAAGGUGAUCAGAAAAGAAGAGAACAAGAGACGUCAUUUAGUGCUCAGCGGACCAUCAGGAAUAGGCAAAACAAAAGUUCUUGAUCAAGCGCUUUUCAUCGCUGGACAGGAGACGUUCAACACCAUAUCGUGUCGUGUGGAGAUGGAAGAUAGCAGUUAUCCUCACUUUGUGUCAAACCAUGUCUUGCGAUGUAUGUUGAGUAACAAAGGUUAUUCCGACCAAAUCGACAAAGAACCUUACUUGAUUGAUGCCAUUGGAGAAGAUAGUGUGUAUUUGUAUGUUUUGAAUGAUGUUCUUGGAACACAGAUUGAAAAGCCUGUUUCGCUUGUUGGUGAGAAGGUCGACGAAAAAGCAAAACGGAAACUACUUUUUAGGAAAAUUGCAUUUGAGUGCCUAGAUACCGAAGGGACUGUAAUUGUCAUCGAUGAUGCACAUAAUAUCGACGCGUUUUCGUGGACAUUUUUGUGUGAGCUUUUACCUUUGAAAAACUGCUUGAUAGUCCUGAGUGUUAGACCGACAAUUUUGGAUGUUCCUUCAUGCCCAGAGACUUUGUACUUCUUCCAACACUCGGAAGUUAAAGUUAUAGACUUGAGUGCACUUGAUCCGAAGUAUGUUGCUCCGCUUGCUUGUCAGAUGAUGAAUGUUUGCAGUAUACCAAAGGACUUAGAUAGUCUUUUACGAGAAAGGAGUCAUGGGGUUCCGUCAUGGUGCCUGGAAAUCUUGCGGGAUAUGCUUGAAAAGAAGCAGCUAAUAAUAGUACAUGAUGACGGACGAAAAGAGUUCAAACACUCUUUUAUUGCUCCAAACAAGUCAUUGAUUACAACAGCUGCAACAAUGCAUAUGUUGAGUGUACCCAGCGAUGCAAGAGUACAACAGCUUCAGAAUUUCGCUGUCACAGAAAUAGAAGAUGAUGAUAUACAGUCUUCAGACAAAGAUUUGUUAUCAGACCUUGGGUUUAAUACCGAACUCAAAGAAGGCUCGACUCUAAGACUUUCUUUGUCGGUGCCAUCAAAAGAGCUCAUAGGAUGUAAAAAAGACGGUUACAGCCAGUCAAGACAAAUUAGCAGAAUACAGAUGGAAAGAAUUGCAAUAUUUGCCAAGGGCAUUGACUCUAAUGACUUGCCUGUACCGGUUUCUAUGAAAGAAUUAAUUGUGGCGCGGAUCGAUUCGAUGAGGGCAACUGAUCAGCUAAUGAUAAAGUGUGCUGCAGUACUUGGUAAAGUUGUAAGAAGAGAUAUUCUUGAAAUUCUGCUGCCAAAAGCGCAUCGUCCUAAACUUGCUGGUACAAUACGUAGAUUGAUGGAAAGUGGGAUAUUCACGUGCUCUAAAACACCAACAUCUCAAGUGGCGGUAAAGAAAGGAACACGUGAUGACUAUCGAAGUCAGAAGUACAAAUGCUUUUGUUAUACAAGUGUUUCAGAAACAAGCACAGCUGACACAAAUGCUUGUUAUGAGCCCAUGUUUACGCAUCAGCUAUUACAGGAAACUGCAUACGAAGUUUUGAUGGAAUCACAACGAAAUGAAUUACACACGAAAGCAGCGCAGUAUCUAGAACUUUCAGCAGAUGAACUUAGGGCACACAUCCCGCACUAUUUGCUGUUUAGACCACCAGCCGAUGAUCUUGAAGAGCAAGCGAAGCUUAUUGAACUAAAACUUGCUGAUGUCGAUGCUGUUAUAUCUGUACGAAGAAAAAGCCUCGAGACUGAAGAGGCAGAAAAUAAAAAAGCUGUUUUUGAUGCUGUUGAAUCAAAUUCAAAACGUGGGCGUAGACAGGCAGUUUUCGUAUCAUCAAACGAAGCUUUCCAGCUAAUUGAUGAAAUCGCUGAAGGUGGUAAACCGCUGGAGCCAACGUGUGUUUAUGUUCUGAAAUUAUUGCCCAUCUAUACAUCACUAGUUCAUCAUUGGAGAUGUAUCAGCAAAACAAAAGAUGCUCUUUCAACACUUGCCGAAGCAGUCGCUGCCUCCCUGGUCAUUGAUCGUCAAGAACAGGCAUUAGAAUUUGUUCAUAUUGCUCUUGAUAUGCUUGAUGAGAUUCAGAAGAGAUCACCACACCUAGACAAAAAUCAGAAAUUGAUUUUCGCAAGAAUCAAUAGGCUUCACGGACAGAUUCUAUAUCAUAAGGGUGAUGUAAAAGAUGCAUACAGACUUAUGCCGGUAGCUGCAUCUUACCUUGGGCUCAAAGAAUCGAAGCAACCGACAUCUUCACCAGUUCGAAAUCUCUGGCUUAUCAUCAAAUUCUUCUGGUGCUGGAGGUUUCGCACACACAACAGUGAGUCUCUCGAUGUCUCUGUUCUCGAACAAGGCUACCUGUUUACUGAAUUGUUCCAAAUGGAUAAAGAACAAGGGCACUCAAAUUCGAAGAUAGCGCAUGCUGUAAAACUGUUCACAACAAUAACUUCUGGAAGAGCGCACAUACAUCAGGUAGUUGCAGCCUAUUCAGCGAUGAUAGAGUGCUGUCGAGAAAAAGGAUGGAAACCAACUUGUGAAGGACUACAGUGGGAUCUUCUAAGAAUAUGCGCGAAAAGAAACGACGAACUUUCAACAUACGACAGAACUAUACUUUGUGAGAUCUAUGGAACUAGUUGCAUUGAGAACUUCUUGCACGGACACUUGGAGAAGGCCAAGGUAGUUGGUAAAGCAGCAGCAGACAUUUGCACCUGUGUUCGAGAUGUUAACACCACGAAGACAUUUUGCGCCUACUACUUUUUCCUGUGUUUGUUCAGGAAUGUGUAUCAAGAAAGCAUUGAGCUGUUGGAGAUAAUGAGAAGCAAUGCUCAGUUGCUGCCGGAUGGUGUUGAUAUCCGGGCGUUGUACCAGGUUACCUGCGUAGAAAUUGCUUUAACUGGAGGCAACCCCCCUGAAAAAAUACAGGCUUGUAUUUCAUGUCUCAGAAACUAUCUGCAUGACAGUAACGGGAAGGUUCAAAGUUCUUCACUAAAAUAUUAUUUUGGGAUGACAGUUGCACUUUGGUUUGCACGUUGCGAAAAAUGGUCAGAAAGCGAGAUAUGGUUUGGCAAUGGCUUACUGUUUGAAAUACGAGAUUCCUCAUAUUACUCGUUGAUGGGCGAUGCGAACCGUGUGCAAUGUAUGCUGAUUACUAUGGCACUGAAACCUAAAGACGACAAGAGUCUUCUGGAAAACGUAAAGAAGACAUUCAAAAAAGCUUGUAAACAAGUUAAAUAUGUACCUGUACUAAAACCAAGAUUGUACCACUUAAGAGCAUACUUCAGUGCUAUCUUAAAGGUGAACACAAGAGCAAAGACAUUCGCAAAGAAAACCGUUAAAAUAUGUACGUCUCAAGGAAAUGUGCUAGAGAAGAGAUGGAUUAGUUCUAAUCUGGAGGUAUGGUUUGAUAAAGAAACCGCCGGCCAAGAGAAUAUAAAUGAGGCGUGGAAAGAACACUCAGAAGAUUGUGGUGGACAGUGGGAUCCAAACUUGGUCCCAGGAAUGAUCAUUUACAAUCUUCCGGUAAUAAAGAGGUGAGGUUAAAGGGCUGAAACAAUUGCAGUGCACAUGUUCAGUUCCAGACUGUGUUCAGAUGAUAUAGAGGAACAUGAAAAAAAGGUUGAAUGCAGCAGUAAGUGUGUCCAUGACUGAAGGUGGUCAGAUGUAAAAGCGAAGUAUGUCUUUUCUACUUGUUUGUUAACAGUAUGACCUAAGAUCAUAGUGUUGAUUAUACAGAAGCGAUUGUGCUUGCACAAGAUUCUGAGGACAAGUGCCGGAUGAACUCAGUCCGUGAGUAUGUUGAUACUAUCGCAAGUAUUCUUGAGAGUCGUUUCUCUGAAAUGAAAAAUAUAACAGAGAUUUAUAACGCUCGCCUUCAGUUUUGUCAUACGAAUUCCGAAGAUGUUAGUGUUUCAUAUUAAUAGACAACAUUAUAUUAAACAAUCUUAACAGAGUGGGUUAUCUAAUUUAGAAAUAGUAAUUGAUUCCCUAUCGGCGGAACGCCGGAGGAGACUGUAGGAAUGUCCUCCGUCCGUCCGUCUGUCUGUUUGCAAAUCUUGAUCCUGCAAUUACUCAGAAAGUAUUCAAGUUAGGUUCAUAAAAGUUGGUAUGUGAAUAGAGGUUAAUAUGUAGAUUAUGCAAGUUUAUUACUUAAUUAUGCUUGUAUAUCACAUGUCACGGUCACUAUUGAAGGUCGAGUAAAACUUGUUUCCGCUUCUAAACCUUUAUAUGACAUGAUGGAUUAUCUUAGUACUAUAUACAAACAUUCACAGUGUGUCAACACAUGAUCUGUGCUUUCCGGUUACAGAUGAAGGUCACUGUUCAAUGUCAAUUAAAAAUUUAUUUCCACUUCAAAACGUUUAUAUGAAUUGAAGGAUUUUUUUUAUAAAUACACAAAUGUUUCCCAUGAUUAGACUAUGUGUCGCGCACAAGACCCAUGGUUGUCGGUCAAAUGUCAAGGUCACAGUUGAAGUUCAAAUAAACUUGUCUCCAUUCCAUAACUUCUAUGUACUGAACACAGAUGUUCCCCAUGAUGAGGCAAUGCUCUUUGCUUGAGGGUCAAUGUAAAACAGUAAAUAGGUAAAACAGUUUUUGUUUCUUAGCUCCUAAACGCCUCGAAGCAUUUCAGAUCCUAACAAUCUUGUCAACAACCACAAGGGACGAAAACUAACGAAAUUUUCCACCGGUAGGGGAUUUCUGCAAUACACGGUCACUUGUUAAUGAUGGUGUGUAAUGAGUGAAAAAGAAAUUGUCAUAAUUUCUUAGAAUGUUGUCAGACUGUGGUAAAGUACAUUGUUAUGCUCCAUAACUAUAUGACAUCAGUUAAAGACAUUUCAUAUUGAAAGCGGGCUUAGAUUUACAAUGUAAGUAUAUUGUAUAUGAUCUUCUUCAUUAUGAUCACACUAUAUAUUCAUAUAAUUCCUUCAUUCAAAUGGGAAGUAUUAAUUAAAAAAGAUAUUAAAUAUUGGUAUAAAACACCUCAAGUUGCAUAGCCCUGCAUUACACUGAAACUUGUAUAUGGCACAUUCUAAAUGACAGCUGCGAUUUUUGUUUUUCUGUAAUUCUCCUGUGAAUAUGUUAAUUAGUUAUAAGAUACUAUAUGUCUAUGGAUGUAUGAGUUUUAUUUACAAUUUUCUGUAAAGAAAGAAUAUGUUUUGGAAUUGUGCUAGUUUUAUGUCAGUCACUUGUGUUCAUGUAAUAGAGUACUUGUUAUGAUAGCAAUCUACGAAUUUGUAUAUAAAGUAUUUUAUAUAGCCUUUUAUUGUAAUACUGUAUCAGUAUGUGUGGUAACUAUUUGUGAAUUUGUAUACUUACUCACAUAUGAAGAAUACAGCUUAAAUGUCA